AUGCAUGCCUUGGAGCUUAUGGUACCAGCUGCCCAGCAGCCUGCAUUCAUCCCCGCGGCCAAGUGCCACUGUGCCAUGAGUAGCCUGCACAAUCACGCAGAGCAGCUUCAAUCAAAUCCUAGCAAGACUAAACCACAAGUUUCCUAUUUUGAAAAGAAAGCCAGUGAUCGUUCUGAGGUUGAGACCCAGACAGAGGGGAGCACAGAAAAAGAGAAAGAAGAGGAAAAAGGCCCAGAAACUGUUGGAAGUGAAGUGGAGACGUUGAACCUUCAGGUGACAACUCUGUUUAAGGAGCUUCAAGAGGCUCAUACAAAACUCAAUGAGGCUGAGCUGAUGAAGAAGAGACUUCAAGAGAAAUGUCAGGCCCUUGAAAGGAAAAAUUCUGCAACCCCAUCAGAGCUGAAUGAAAAGCAAGAGCUUGUUUAUAACAACAAAAAGUUGGAGCUACAAGUGGAAAGCAUGCGAUCAGAAAUCAAAAUGGAGCAAGCUAAAACUGAAGAGGAAAAGUCCAAGUUAGCCACUCUCCAGUUGACACAUAACAAGCUUCUUCAAGAAUACAAUAAUUCAUUGAAAUCACUCGAGGAACUGAAAAGGAAAGAGUCAGAAAAAGUGGAUAAGGUGGUACUACAAGAACUAAGCGAAAAGCUGGAACUGGCAGAGAAGGCCCUGGCUUCCAAGCAGCUUCAGAUGGAUGAGAUGAAGCAGACCAUCGCCAAGCAGGAGGAGGACCUGGAAACCAUGACUAUUCUUCGGGCUCAGAUGGAGGUUUACUGUUCGGACUUUCAUGCUGAAAGAGCAGCAAGAGAGAAGAUACACGAAGAAAAGGAGCAACUGGCCCUGCAGCUGGCAAUCCUGCUGAAAGAGAAUAAUGCUUUUGAAGAUGGAGGCAGCAGGCAGUCCUUGAUGGAGAUGCAGAGCCGUCAUGGGGCGAGAACCAGUGACCCCGACCAGCAGGCCUACCUCGUUCAGAGAGGUGAGUCACGUGUGAUUGUAGGUGUUCAGGGUUCCAAGGAAUAACUAUCCUGUGAAGAA